ACGAAUGGCCCCCGCCUGUAUUACGCUCCGGUCGCACUCUGGUUACUUUUGUUUUUCAAGUACCAAUUUUAUCUUUUUGGAUUCAAAACGAAAAACUUCUGAGCAGACCACCCGUUAAUUCUGAUUACAGUACGCUAAAAUUUGCAUUGACGAGUUAAAAAAGGCAUUGGAAAUGCGAAGAGCAAAAGUUUUCUUAAUUUAUUUGGUUUUGGAAUUUUAAAUGGGUAGAAAAUGAAAUAUGUUGUGAGUAGAGAUGCUAUAUAUUCUUUUAGGAAUAUUUGAAAUAAUCCCGACCGUUGGAUGGGAUCUUUAUGUUUUUUAAAGAAAUUGAAGGGAAAAACAUUUGUUCUUUUUCGUCAUGUACGCCAAAUUUCGUACCAUGUGGCCCAUAAUAUGAGUGUAAGGAUCCACUUGUCGGCUAUGACGAGUCGUACACAAAAGAAUUUCCUUCUCGCAGGCCAAGAACAUCACGUCUUACCCCUUUUAAAACCCACCCCAACUUGUCCAAAAAAAGUUCACUUCAAUUUUCCUUUUUCUUCCCUAAUUUGUUCGUCUUCCUCCUCAAUAUGGCUCAGAAGAUAGUGUUGAAGGUCUUGACAAUGACGGAUGACAAGACGAAGCAGAAAGCCAUAGAAGCUGCUGCUGAUAUCUACGGAGUUGAUUCAAUAGCGGCGGAUUUGAAGGAUCAGAAGCUGACGGUGAUCGGACAGAUGGAUACAGUGGCAGUGGUGAAGAAGCUGAAGAAAGUAGGUAAAGUGGACAUACUCACCGUUGGGCCUGCCAAGGAAGAGAAGAAAGAAGAAAAGAAAGAGGAAAAGAAGGAAGAGAAGAAGGAAGAACCAAAGAAAGAAGAGAAAAAGGAAGAGAAAAAAUAACAAAUCAGUUAGAAAAUCAUGAAGGAUCAAUCACAGGCGAUCUGCUUGUAAUUCCAUUUUUUUUUUCUUUUACUUUUGCUAAUAACAUGGUGAAUAUAUAUAUACAGGCCAUUAAAGUAGUAGCUUUUGAGAAUUGAGAUCCACCCACUGUAAGUAACUAUUUUAAGUAAUUCCAUCUGGGUUUCUUCAGUAGCUGUAAUUAAAGGCGGCAAGUUUCAUGA